CAUGAGAACAGAGACGUGUCAGACUCCAUUUUCACUGGGAUGAGCAGAAGGAAGAAAAGUGAGCAGGCUGAAGAUGAGUGGUUAUGAGGAGGAAGAGGACAGAGCAGAGUCUCCAGGGUUCAGAUGUGUGUCUCUGAAGAGUGACAUGUCCAAAGGAGUUCCUCUAGACUUCAGUAAAGAACCUGGACCCUCAUACACAAAAGGUCAGGACCACAGACUGAGAGCAGAGUCUCCAGGGUCCAGCUGUCUGUCUCUGAAGAGUGACAUGUCCAAAGGAGUUCCUCUAGACUUCGGUAAAGAACCUGGACCCUCAUACACAAAAGGUCAGGACCACAGACUGAGAGCAGAGUCUCCAGGGUCCAGCUGUCUGUCUCUGAAGAGUGACAUGUCCAAAGGAGUUCCUCUAGACUUCGGUAAAGAACCUGGACCCUCAUACACAAAAGGUCAGGACCACAGACUGAGAGCAGAGUCUCCAGGGUCCAGCUGUCUGUCUCUGAAGAGUGACAUGUCCAAAGGAGUUCCUCUAGACUUCGGUAAAGAACCUGGACCCUCAUACACAAAAGGUCAGGACCACAGACUGAGAGCAGAGUCUCCAGGGUCCAGCUGUCUGUCUCUGAAGAGUGACAUGUCCAAAGGAGUUCCUCUAGACUUCGGUAAAGAACCUGGACCCUCAUACACAAAAGGUCAGGACCACAGACUGAGAGCAGAGUCUCCAGGGUCCAGCUGUCUGUCUCUGAAGAGUGACCAGUCCAUGAGACAUCCUCCAGUGUUCAGUAAAGAACCUGGACCCUCACACACAAAAGGUCAGGACCACAGACUGAGAGCAGAGUCUCCAGGGUCCAGCUGUCUGUCUCUGAAGAGUGACCAGUCCAUGAGACAUCCUCCAGUCUUCAGUAAAGAACCUGGACCCUCACACACAGAGGAGAAGAAGAGGAGUCAUGUUUCUAAGGAGGAGCAGUCGUCCUGCUGUGCUUUGUGUCAGGACAUCCUGAAGGAUCCAGUCUCCACCAGCUGUGGACACUGGUUCUGCAGACAGUGUAUCACCUCAUACUGGGACAAGUCUGGUUCUUCAGGAGACUCCUCCUGUCCCCAGUGUGGACAAAGAUCCAGAACAGGAGCUGGAGCAGAUCAUGGUCUGCAGGAGGUUUUAGAUGAACAUAAACUCAGUGUGAGGAGCAGAUGUGAACAUGUGACUGAAGGAAGUGAUGAAACAGGAAGUAGAACCCUACUCAACAGGAUCUACACUGAGCUCUACAUCACAGAGGGACAGAGUGAAGAGGUUAAUACUCAACAUGAGGUGUGGCAGCUUGAGACGGCUUCCAAGAUGAAGAGCCUCCACGACACUCCCAUCAAGGUCCACGACAUCUUUAAAGCCUCCACUGACCAGCAGAGCAGCAUCAGAGUCGUCCUGACCAACGGCGUCGCUGGCGUUGGAAAAACCUUCUCGGUGCAGAAGUUCACUCUGGACUGGGCAGAGGGUUUAGAAAACCAGGAUGUGGGUCUGCUCACUGUGCUUUCGUUCAGGGAGCUGAACCUGGUGAAGGACCAGCAGCACAGUCUUCUCACACUGCUCCAUGUUUUCCAUCCAGCGUUACAGAAGCUCACUGCAGAGACGCUCGCUGUCUGUAAACCUUUGUUCAUCUUUGACGGCCUGGAUGAAAGCAGACUUUCUCUGGACUUUAACCACAGGAAGCUUGUGUCUGAGGUCACACAGAGGUCAUCAGUCAACGUGCUGCUGACAAACCUCAUCCGGGGGAAUCUGCUUCCCUCGGCUCUCGUCUGGAUAACCUCCAGACCUGCAGCGGCCAAUCAGAUUCCUCUGGCAAGUGUUGACAGGGUCACAGAAGUACGAGGCUUCACUGACGCCCAGAAGGAGGAGUACUUCAGGCGGACAUUCAGUAAUGAGGAGCUGUGUAGCAGAAUCAUCUCACACAUCAAGACGUCCAGGAGCCUCCACAUCAUGUGUCAAAUCCCAGUCUUCUGCUGGAUCAGUGCUACAAUUCUGGAGCACAUGUUGACCACAGACCAGAGAGGAGAGCUGCCCAAGACCCUGACUGACCUGUACUCACACUUCCUGCUGGUUCAGACAAAGAGGAAGAACAACAAGUACGGUGAGGGACAUGAGACGACUCCACAGCAGCUGACGGAGGCUGACAGGGACGUUCUCCUGAAGCUGGGGAGGUUGGCACUUAAACAUCUGGAGAAAGGAAACAUCAUGUUCUACCAAGAAGACCUGGAGUUGUGUGGUAUUAAUGUCCCAGAGGCCUCAGUGUACUCAGGAGUUUGUACUGAGAUCUUCAGAAGAGAGUGUGUGAUCUUCCAGAAAUCAGUCUACUGCUUUGUGCAUCUGAGCGUUCAGGAGUUUCUGGCUGCAGUCUACAUGUUCCACUGUUACACCAAGAGGAACAAAAAAGAACUCAACAACUUCUUGGGAACAUAUGGGAACACAGACAGUACUCUCUCCCUUGAUGACCUCCUGAAAAGAACCAUGGAGAAAUCCCUCACUAGUACAAACGGUCAUCUGGACCUGUUUGUUCGCUUCCUUCACGGCCUCAGUCUGGAGUCCAACAGGAGAGUCUUAGGAGGCCUGCUGGGUCGGACAGAGAACAAUCAAAAGAUUUUCCAGAGAGUCUUAAGAGGCCUGCUGGGUCGGACAGGGAAAAAUCCAGAGAUCAUCCAGAGAGCCAUCAACAACCUGAAGGAGAUGAAGAGUGAUGACAUUUCUCCUGACAGAAGCAUCAACAUCUUCCACUGUCUGACUGAGAUGAACGACCACUCAGUUCAUCAGCAGAUGAAACAGUUCCUGACGUCAAAGAACAGAUCGAAGGAGGAACUCUCUGAGAUCCUCUGCUCAGCUCUGGCCUACAUGCUGCAGAUGUCAGAGGAGGUUCUUGAUGAGUUUGACCUGCAGAAGUUCAACACAUCAGACCAGGGUCGAAGGAGACUGAUCCCAGCUGUGAGGAACUGCAGGAAGGCUCGACUCUGUGGUUGUGAACUCUCAGAGACUCACUGUGAAGUCGUGGCCUCAGCUCUGAAGUCAGACCCCUCACAUCUGAGAGAACUUGAUCUGAGUGGAAACAACCUGCAGGAUUCAGGAGUGAAGCUGCUGUGUUCUGGACUGGAGAGUCCAAACUGUCAACUGGAGACUCUGAGGUCACAGACUGAACUGAGGUGGUUGAGCUGCAGUCUGUCAGAGAUCAGCUGUUCUUCUCUGGCUUCAGCUCUGAGGUCAAACCCCUCUCAUCUGAGAGAACUGGAUCUGAGUGACAACCACCUGCAGGACUCAGGAGUGAAGGAGCUGUGUGGUUAUCUACAGAGUCCAACCUGUCGACUGGAGACUCUGAGGUUGGGGGGCUGCAGUCUGUCAGAGAUCAGCUUUUCUUCUCUGACUUCAGCUCUGAGGUCAAACCCAUCUCUUCUGAGAAAACUGGAUCUGAGUAACAACAACAACCUGCAGGACUCAGGAGUGAAAGAGCUGUGUGGUUUUCUUCAGAGUUCAACUUGUCGACUGGAGACUCUUAGGUUGGAUCAUUGCAGACUGUCAGAGAUCAGCUGUUCUUAUCUGGCUUCAGCUCUGAGGUCAAAUCCCUCUCAUCUGAAAAAACUGGAUCUGAACUACAACUACACGCUGCAGGACUCAGGAGUGAAGGAGCUGUGUGGUUUUCUUCAGAGUCCAACCUGUCAUCUGGAGACUCUGAGGUUGCAGAGCUGCAGACUGUCAAAGAUCAGCUGUUCUUCUCUGGCUUCAGCUCUGAGCUCAAACCCCUCUCAUCUGAGAGAACUGGAUCUGAGUGCUGACAACGACCUGCAGGACUCAGCAGUGAAGGAGCUGUGUGGUUUUCUACAGAGUCCAACCUGUAGACUGGAGACUCUGAAGUUGGAUCAUUGCAGACUGUCAGAGAUCAGCUGUUCUUAUCUGGCUUCAGCUCUGAGGUCAAACCCCUGUCAUCUGAAAAAACUGGAUCUGAACUACAACUACAAGCUGCAGGACUCAGGAGUGAAGGAGCUCUGUGGUUUUCUACAGAGUCCAACUUGUCGACUGGAGACUCUGAGGUUGCAGAGCUGCAGACUGUCAGAGAUCAGCUGUUUUUCUCUGGCUUCAGCUCUGAGGUCAAACCCAUCUCAUCUAAGAGAUCUGGAUCUGAGUGGUAACAACGACCUGCAGGACUCAGCAGUGAAGGAGCUGUGUGGUUUUCUACAGAGUUCAACCUGUAGACUGGAGACUCUGAAGUUGGAUCGUUGCAGACUGUCAGAGAUCAGCUGUUCUUAUCUGGCUUCAGCUCUGAGGUCAAACCCCUUUCAUCUGAAAAAACUGGAUCUGAGCGGCAACUUCAAGCUGCAGGACUCAGGAGUGAAGGAGCUGUGUGGUUUUCUACAGAGUCCAACUUGUCAACUGGAGACUCUGAGGUUGAAGAUCUGCUGUCUGUCAGAGAUCAGCUGUUCUUCUCUGGCUUCAGCUCUGAGGUCAAACCCCUCUCAUCUGAGAGAACUGGAUCUGAGUUACAACAACCUGCAGAACUCAGGAGUGAAGGAGCUGCUUGAUCUAAAGCAGAGUCCAACCUGUCGACUGGAGACUGUGAGGUCAGUAGUUGGUUGGAGUCAGUCCACGCUGCUUUCAUCAGUAUUUUACUAAACACAGUCAGUAUCACAGAUCCAGGGUCUGUGCUACCAAGCAGGAUUUGUGGUUAUCAGGUUAACUUCAGGUUUAGUUUUUUCAGUUCUACGAAGCUCGUCCACUUCUUAACGAGGUAAAUCACCAUUGUAACUUCUGAUGAAUAGCUAACCUGCUCCAGGUUACGUUGGAGAUCAACCCGUAUAGAAGCUCCGCCCACUGACCACAGUGACUCUACACUGUUGUGUGGUGCACACUCUCCUAAAAGGGACAGAUAAGGGAAGCUUAAAUCAACGUCUGGUUGGUUCAGUUGAUCUCUAACUCACCCAGAACAUCUCAAUCUCUCCAGACUCAUCCUGUCAUCAAAACACCAGAUGCACUCAGUCAGAGGUUUCCACCAGUGUGUGUCCUCAGAGACAGUGACACUUUGUGUGUCACAUCCUGGGAUUCAAACGUUUCUCAUCUAGAAUCUUCUUCUCUUCCACUCGUCUUGUUAGUAAACAACAGAUUCAGAUCUCGUGGCCUCGAGUUAUUUAUCUCGUUCACACACGUUAUUAUAUCGUGGUCACGUAAUAUAUUUUUACCAAAUGCCACCAGGGGGCGCUGUAACUUACACAUUGACACAAUCACAGAUGUUUUACCAGCUGUUCUUCCUGCAUUUAGCAGCUGUAACUGAGUUUCUUUUAUUCUGGAUCAUGUGUUUGUUCUCCUCUGAUUUUUAUUAUAGAACAGUUUGAUCCUGGUUGUGAAAUAGGAGGCUCUGCUGUCAGUCAAACUGUCCAUGUCUGUUAUUGGUCAUACACAGUAAACCCCGCCCCUUUUAUGUGCACAUGCUCACAUAGUGAAACAUGGCUUCACCUGUAACAGCAGUAAAUUCACCUCUCAGGUGUCCACUUUGCACUUUGACAUGCAGAGGACACACACUGAGCUCUUAGCGUGUUCAUUCCAACACGUGAACAUGAAGCAGAGAGGAAGCUGCUCCACCUCUGAACAGGAAUGAAGUCCCUGCUGCUCUUUCUACUGGAUGUGCUGCAUCACUGACUCACAGCUGAUGAAGUGAGUCUCUGGAACACUG